AUGUCAUUGUCGGGUGUAAGCAGUGUGAUGGCGUCGGGUGUGGCGGCCUGGCCCCCUCCGGGGCCGAUACCCAAUGCCUUCCAACCACAUCACCAAGGCUCGAACUUCGCGAUAUUUGUGAUAUUGUUCGCACUAUGCAUGAUGGAGGUUGUCGUACUGAAAAUAAUGACUGAGGACCACAGUCGUGAACAAUCGACAAGUGUAACAUCUAUGUGGUUCGAUAUGGACGAUGAAUAA